AUGAAUUUUUUAUAUAUCUAUCAAUCCGUACCUGUCAUUCCGCCCGUCCGUCUGUGUGUCUCUCGGUACCUGUCAUUCCGCCCGUCUCGGUCUGUCAUGUGCUUCUCUCGGUACCUGUCAUUCCGCCCGUCUCUCGGUACUCAGGUCUGUCAUUCCGCCCGUCUCUCGGUACCUGUCAUUCCGCCCGUCUCUCGGUACCUGUCAUUCCGCCCGUCUCUCGGUACCUGUCAUUCCGCCCGUCUCUCGGUACCUGUCAUUCCGCCCGUCUCUCGGUACCUGUCAUUCCGCCCGUCUCUCGGUACCUGUCAUUCCGCCCGUCUCUCGGUACCUGUCAUUCUGCCCGUCGGUACCUGUCAUCGGUACCUGCGCCCGUCUCUCGGUACCUGUCAUUCCGCCCGUCUCUCGGUACCUGUCAUUCCGCCCGUCUCUCGGUACCUGUCAUUCCGUACCUGUAUCGGUACCUGUCUCCGCCCGUUUGUUGUAUCUCGGUACCUGUCAUUCUAUGCCCGUCCGUCAUUCUGUCCGUCCGUCUGUCUGUCUGUUUAUCCGUACCUCUGUCUGUUUAUCCGUACCUGUUAUUUCGACCGACGAUCUCUCUGUCCGUUCAUAUCAGCCAGCCUGUCUCUCCGUCCGUAUCAAUGA